CGAACGUGUCCUUUUCUCCGCACCACUGCCGCCACCAAAGAACACCCAGAAAAUGUCUGAUCGACGAGCGGCCUUGCUGAACAAACGGUUCUAUGAUGUUCUCAAGGGCAAAGUCUCUAUCGAGCCACGAAACUGUCACUUGUUUCUCGAUUCCAUAUGUUCCCAACCAGAUGUUGCGGUAUGCGUAAGCAGGAUAGUGGGAGAAUCAAAAGGACCCUCUAUUGUGCAGGAGGCGAUGCGACUGGACUUGUCGGCAGAGUUUAUGAAUGGCAUUGGUGCUGACGUUCUUGUAUAUCUCCUCCAGGCCACAAGCAUCAGCAGCAAUGUGCUAGAUCACCUGUUUAUCCAGAUAGUCGAACCAGAUUUCUUCUGGUCGGCGUUUAGCCACGCUUUUGCUCGUGGAGAGCUACUUGAAAAAGCUCAACGUGCCUUCGCCAGCCUCCUCCUUCGACUAUUGAACCUCUCCAACCACGACACAACACCCUAUCUCGAACUAGCUGGCAGGCCAAAUGUGCUCCCAAAACUUACAGGCUCUGAAAACUUGGAAGUCCGCCUUAUUGGAGAGAAGAUUAAGCAUAUCCUUUCGACCUAUGGCUCCUCAGCCCCUCCCCCGGCUGCCAAUGGCCCAGGUGGACGACAUGACAAUGAUUUUGUCAAUUUUCGCGAAAUUGCUAUCCUUCCCACAGCCGACGAAAUUAGAUCCGGACAGCUACCAUUCCUGCGCCGUAGCUCGGAGUUAGAAGAUGAAUUUGGAGAAAGCACUCGUAUCGCGGAUUAUCUUGAUAACACAUUUCGCCUACUUCGUGAAGACAUGAUAGCAGAGAUGAGAGAAGAACUUCAAGCGCUGGAAGGAAAGAACGUCAAGCGCCGCCGCGCUAACCUGAUAGACGGUGUUAUACUCAAAGGUGUUUAUCAUGGCACUGAUGAUCGGAAGAUGCUGUGGGGAAUAACAUUGGAGUGUGCCGAUGAGCUGCCAUCUCUGAAGCGCAUCCCCCCGAAGGACAGGAAAGCGUACCUCACAGAUGAUUACGCUGGCUCCAAGAUCCUUCGUCACCAAUCACUCGUCUGCGUGGUGGUUGAUAACGAAGUGGUCGGCUUUGGCACUGUGAACCGGGUGGAAGAUUUCUUGAUCCGCAGCCCUCCUAUUAUUGUCAUUCAACUAGACGGGCGGGCGAGUACAAGCAGAACCAUCCUCCGGCUCCGCAAUGCCAAAAACGCAAAGCUCCUCCAGAUUGACACUGCUCUCUUUGCUUUUGAGCCGGUGCUCAAGGCAUUGCAGAAGACGCAGCACAUCCCAGUAUCGGAUGAACUGCUGUUCUGGAAGCGUGGUGUUACUCUGCAGAACCCCCCGCAGAUGGCUGAUGACAUGAUCACGGCCAUUGAAGCUGACCGUUCUGGAAACUUGCAACACUUGCUUCAGACCCCCAACCCUAUACAACUAGAUAGCUCGCAAGCUUUGUCGAUUCUUUCUGGCCUGACUCAGAGGGUGUCUUUGAUACAGGGUCCUCCAGGGACCGGAAAGUCAUUUGUGGGCGCCCUCUUAGCAAAAGCUCUACACGACUUCACCGAUCAGACGAUUCUUGUUGUUUGUUACACCAACCAUGCCCUGGACCAGUUUUUAGACGAUCUUAUCAAAAUCGGCAUUCCUGAUGACCAUAUGGUUCGACUCGGAGGUAGAGCUAAACCGCAGCUGGCGCAUCUCAACCUCUUCAGCCCUGGCCAGAGAACGUCCCAGCCCCCGCGGACUAAGGCGGAUUGGACCAUGAUCGAUGAAUUCAGGACCAGACUUAAAUUUCUAUGCAGUCGCCUUGACAACUCCAUUGCACAGUUCAUGGCAAAUAGGAUUCGUUAUGAGGAUAUCUUGACGCAUAUCGAGUUCGAGGAUGAGUCUUAUUUUGAAGCUUUUCGCAUUCCCAGGUCAGAUGACGGCAUGGCCACUGUAGGCCGCGGAGGUCGGGAGGUCGACCCCACGUAUCUCAUCGCGCUAUGGGAAAGAGGCUGUGAUGCGGGCAUCUUCAAACAUGCGGCUCAUCUGCGGACGGAAGAAUCGAGUCGCAUUUGGACUACUCCCUUACCUGUCCGUAAGAAUAUGUUGGCGAAAUGGACAAACGACCUUCAGAAGCAGAUGGUAGAGGAUGUUGGCUCUGUUGGCCGAGACUACAACAGUUGUCAAAUAGAUCUCGCCCGGAAGUUUGGCGAGUCGUUGGGCGCAACGCUCCAGGCGAAAAGGAUCAUUGCAUGUACAACGACAGGUGCCGCGAAAUUCACUGAAGACCUCCGAACUGCUGCUCCCGAUGUCGUCCUUGUGGAGGAGGCUGGAGAGAUUUUGGAGAGCCAUAUCCUGACUGCUUUUGGCGCAAACACAAAUCAACUGAUCCUUAUUGGAGACCACAAGUAUGGUUUCAAUCACUGCCUUCAGCGCCUUAUUCUGAGUUAUAAAUUUAGGCAAUUGAGACCGAAAGUCAAUAGCUAUGCCCUCCAGGUCGAGAGUGACCGAGGAUAUGACUUGAACAGGUCGCUCUUCGAGCGCCUUGUUCUAAAAGGAUUCCCUCAUGCUACUCUCACCGAGCAACAUCGUAUGCGGCCUGAAAUCUCCGCCCUUGUUCGCGAACUCACAUACCCCGAACUCACUGAUGCCGCCAGCACCCGUGGCAGAGACGAUAUUCGUGGGAUCCAAGAUAAUAUCAUUUUCGUCAACCAUGCUCACCCUGAAGACAACGAGGGCAGAGUCAGUGAUCGCAGCGAUCUUGGUUCUACAACUUCAAAACAAAACUCUUAUGAAGCCAGCAUGGUUCUGAAGAUUGUCCGGUAUCUCGCUCAACAAGGUUAUGGGACAGAUAAUAUCGUCGUCCUAACGCCCUAUCUUGGGCAGCUCUCUAAACUUCGUGAAUACCUCAAGGCAGACAAUGACCCGGUGUUGAACGACCUCGACUCUUAUGACUUGGUCCGUGCGGGACUACUCUCUCCCGACGCUGCAAAGGCAUCCAAAAGGAAGAUAAGACUUGCUACCAUAGACAAUUACCAGGGAGAGGAAAGUGAUAUCGUGGUUACUAGCUUGACACGAUCGAAUCCUGAUGGCGCUAUCGGCUUCAUGAAGUCCCCUGAACGUUUGAACGUCCUCUUGUCUCGGGCCCGUGAUGGUCUUAUUCUCAUCGGCAAUAUGGACACGUUCGAGAGCAAAUCCACCCUUUGGAGUCGUCUAUUCAGUCUUCUCAGACAGGCAGCACACAUCUAUGAAGGGUUCCCCGUCAAAUGCGAGCGCCAUCCUGCACGGAAGGCCAUUCUGCGAGAUGCUAAUGAUUUCGAUGAUCGAUGUCCAGAUGGUGGUUGUUUGGAGCCUUGUGGUGCCAUGCUCAGUUGCAACGUGCACCCUUGUCCCUCAAAGUGCCACCAACUUUCUGAUCACUCCAAAAUACUUUGCCAACAAGUGUUAUUUGGGAAAUGUACGGCAGGCGUCCACAAAGUUUCAUGGAAGUGUCAUCAAGGGCCUCGCACAAAAUGCACUCCAUGCGAGAAGGAUGCAGAUCGCACUGAAAAGCAAUUACUGCACGACGCAGAGCUCCAGCAAAAACGUGAUGCUGGGCAAGCUGCUUUUGAUACCCAAAUGGCUGAAAUGGACGCAAGACUUAAAACCGAGGUCGAAGUUAUUGCAGAUACCAAUACCGCGAAGCAGAGAGAGGCUAUGUUCAAGCAGAAGGAACGGGAGAUUGAAGAUGCAAAAGUUCGUGCGCAGAAAUUAGCAGGUUCCUCGAAAGACGGUAGUGCAAACCCAUCCAAGCCGACAACUUCUCCCUCACAGCAAUCCUCCAAUCCUUUGUCUACUCAGACUGCUCUUUCGCAACCUCCCGGUAGCCAAAAAAGCUCUGCUGCUCGCGACGACUGGGAGUCACAGAAGAAACUCUUAGGCGAGCAAAACGAUGCGAUUGAUAGUAUUAUGGCGAUGACUGGACUGGAAGGAGUGAAGUCGCAAGUUCUACAAACCAAAGAGAAGCUGGACUUGAUGAAACGGCAGGGAAUACCUGCGAACAAAGAGCGUCUGAACCUUGCACUCUUGGGAAAUCCAGGAACAGGGAAGACAACGGUCGCAAGGCUAUAUGCCCAGUUUCUCGAAUCGAUACAAAUACUUCCAGGAAGCACAUUUAAGGAAACCACAGGAGCGAGCCUGGCACAUGAUGGCGUCGGUGGCGCAAAGAAGCUCAUCGAAGACGUUAUGAAAGUUGGUGGUGGUGCCAUAUUCAUCGACGAGGCCUAUCAGCUAGUUAGUGCACAGGGUGGGUCCGGUACUGACGUUCUCGACUUCCUGCUAGCAGAGAUGGAGAAUCGUGUCGGAGGCCUAGUUUUCAUCCUUGCUGGGUACAGCCGUCAGAUGGAGAAAUUCUUCAAUCAUAAUCAAGGUCUUCCGAGUCGUGUCCCGCAUAGAUUCACCUUCGAGGACUACACCGACGAAGAGCUCCUUGACAUAGGCCAGAUGAAGGUUGAAGAGGGCAUCCGGGGACUUUAUAGUCGAAUCGCAGUCCGACGCUUGGGUCGUGGCCGCGGCCGCGAAGGGUUUGGAAAUGCCCGUGCACUGCAAAAUAUGUUUGCACAGAUACGUCAGCGACAGGCUGCGAGGGUAGGAAAAGAACGCAAGAACGGAUCAUCACCAGAUGAUUUCUUGCUCGUUAAGGAAGAUCUUAUUGGUCCCAAUCCGGAUUCCGUUCUUCCGCAGUGCCCUUCAUGGAUAAAGUUGCAAAAGCUCACUGGUCUUGAAUCCGUGAAGCAAUCUGUCAGCAACCUCUUCAACCUCAUUAGGACGAACUAUCAUCGCGAGUUGACAGAAAAGCAGCCUCUCAAUAUGGCCCUUAACCGAGUUUUCCUGGGCUCCCCAGGCACUGGCAAGACCACUGUCGCCAAACUCUAUGGUCAAGCACUGGCAGACCUAGGGCUUCUCAGUAACGGGGAAGUUGUGGUGAAGAACCCUUCAGAUUUUGUCGGGCAACAUCUCGGGCAGUCUGAACAGAACACUAAGGCCAUCUUGGAGAGUACUGUCGGAAAGGUCCUGGUCAUUGACGAGGCAUACAUGCUGCAUAGUAAGAAUGGUGGUGCCCAGGACCCCUAUAAGACCGGCGUCAUUGACACCAUGGUUGCGGAGAUACAGAACGUACCAGGGGAUGAUCGUUGUGUCUUGUUAUUAGGAUACAAGGAGCAAAUGGAAGACAUGUUCAAGGCAGGUGAUGUUAAUCCCGGCUUUGCUCGUCGCUUUGCGAUUGAAGACGCGUUCAUGUUUGAAGACUUCAACGAGCCUCAACUACAGGAAAUCUUUGAACGCAAGCUACACGAUCAAGACCUCAGCGCAACAGAGAAAGCCAAGCAAGUAGCGCUUGGUCUGUUGAGCCGAAGAAAGAACCGUCCGAACUUUGGGAAUGGAGGAGAAGUGGAAAACAUGCUGACUUUUGCAAAAGAUCGAUAUUUAAAGCGGCAAGCAUCGCAACCUUCCCAUCUGUCUCAGGACAUCGUCUUCGAACCAGAAGACUUCGAUACUAAUUGGGACCGUGAUCAGCACGCUGUAGCAAACUUGGCUCAGUUGUUCGAAGAUAUGGUUGGAUGCGAAGCUGUUAUUCAGAGGCUGGGAGACUACCAGAGCAUGGCGCAAGGGAUGAAAGCAUCGGGACUGGACAUGCGCAAGCAAAUACCUACCAGUUUCAUCUUCAAGGGACCACCUGGAACCGGAAAGACGACCAUCGCAAGAAAAUUUGGUCAAGUCUAUUAUGACAUGGGCUUCCUCGCAUCCACAGAACUGGUCGAGUGUUCCGCUUCGGAUCUCGUUGGCGAGUACGUUGGCCAAACAGGUCCCAAGACGAAGAAACUUUUCGAGAAGGCCAUCGGCAAAGUCCUCUUCGUGGAUGAAGCUUAUCGACUCAGCCAAGGUCAUUUUGCGCAGGAAGCCAUCGACGAAGUCGUAGGGCUGAUGACCAACGAGAAGUUCAUGGGUAAGAUGGUCAUCAUCCUGGCAGGGUAUGAGAAGGAGAUGAACCAGCUUUUGGGCGCGAACCCUGGGCUUUCCAGUCGGUUUUCCGAGGACUUCAUACUGCCUAAUAUGUCGUCAAUCCGAUGCCUGGAGCUGCUUGACAAGGAUCUGCGCGGGUCAAAGGUUGUCGUUCAAGGGCUAUCGGAUCCAUCGUCAUCACUAUAUGAGGAGAUGUUAAGCAUCAUCGCUGAUAUGGCGAGCCUCGAAAACUGGGGCAAUGCACGUGACGUAAAAUCUAUUGCGAAACGGUUGGCUCGCCCUGCAUUCAUCUCGGCUGGGAAAGCUCCAGGGAGUUCACUGGUCGUUACAUCAGAAGACGCAUUGAAUAUCAUGAGAUGUCAACUUUCUGAGCAGCGAGAACGUCUCAACUUGCCAAACAAGACGGUGUCAUCAACCCCCGGUGUCCCACAGAUGGCUAUGUCAAGAAACAUCGCUCCUCCUCCUCCUUCAACCUCUCAGAAUGUGUCUACUUCAGCUCCUCCAAAGCCCCCCGCUUCCAAGCCAUCUCGUAAACGUAAACGAACACAGCAGCAACCCAAACCUCCCUUCGGUGGGACACCUCCGCAAGACACCACAGUUUCAUCUCAGGUGCAACGGGAUCCCGGUGUAGAUGAUGCCACUUGGACGAGGCUGCAGGCGGAUAAAGCAGCUGGAGAAGCAGCUGAAAAGGAUGCCGCUGAGGAGUUGCGAAAGCGUAAUAUUGCACAGCUGAAAGCCCUGAAAAAGCUGCGAGCUGCAGAAGCUGCUGCACAGAAACUCGCGCAGAAACUAGCGAAUGAUAACGCCAAUGAACAGCUCAUGCGCCAACGAGAGGCCGCUCGCAUCCGAGAGCUAGAGGCUAAAGCCGCUCGAGAGAAAGCCUUGGCCGAGCUGAAGAAGAAGCAGCAAGAGGCAGAGAGGAAGAGGCGCGAGGAGGCUCGAGUGCAGCAGAAGUUGCGGGAAAUGGGUAUGAUGAACCUACCUAGGCUGAAGUUGCAGCAAAUGGGUGUUUGCAAGGUUAUCGAUGUGCUGGUGGUGUUCAUUUCAUUUCGAAUGACCAGCGCUCUGGGUAAUCCUGGGGACUCGGAUUAUCCGAAAGUCACGUGA